UUUCAAUUCAAAGCGAGCAACGUGUAUCCGUUUGGCCCUCAGCAGAAUGACAGCGAGUUUCGUCUCGAAGAUUCACGGUCUUUUUUCUCCCGGCGGUGCUUACGAAUAAAUACAGACUGGAAGGGAUUCCCCUUCUUCUCGGGGAGACAUUAUAAACUGCAUGUAAGUUCUUCUCGAUGAUCUUCAUAUGUGUUACGUUAUCGUCGUACUCGGCGUAAUUUCUUAGUACCACAAGCAUCUUCCUUAAAAAGGUUAUAUUUUCUUUCCUGCUUUAGUUUCCAGCCUUAAAACCUAUAGAAAUACUCAAUUUCUUCAACUAAGUUCAGUAAACAUCAAUUUUUACUCAACUUUUCACUAUGAUUGGUCCAGAAAACUCGCGCCAUCCUCUCAACCAAUCAGAUGCAAAACUUGCCAACAAUCGUGACUUGGUCAUCUGCGUUUUCCCGCGCGCCAAGCAGUCUCCUUGUUUUCUCUUUGAGUCCUCAUUGGCCAAUAAUGAUGUAACCCUUUGGUCUGCUCAGUCGCUGGGAACAAUUUGGUUUUGGUCUUUCGACACUCAAUUGAAAACUUGCUUUAACUUGUUAGCAUUAUAAUUUAUCUCAAGGUUGUAUUUUAAGAAUUAGAUUUGCCAUUCGUGUGUAAUGCUAGAGAGCACUCUGGGGUUUGCAUACAUCUGUAAAUAAUCAUAACGUACAAAUGUACAAGAUCAGCCUGCAAAACUAUGAUUAUCCGCUUUAUGAUCAAGCUGCCUGAUUGUGUUCUGUCAUUCUGCCUUGCAGAUAUGCCGCGACGGUAAAAUCCAACUGAACUAUGAAUGGAGCUGGUGGUGGCCGCAGAAGUUUGGUAUCUACCGAUGGUUCAGAAAUAUGGCUGUUAUUGCACCUUUCUGGGCGACGACUGAUACUUACUUUGCCUUCAAAAAAAACCAUUCCAGGGUGUAUUAUCAAGUAUACGAAGAAAGUAAGGAAAGCUCCUCUAAUAUUCUUGAUAUGGCUGCAAAACACGUACAGAACUACGCUGAAGGAUUUUCCAACUUUCAGGCCUCCUGGGUCCUUGUAGUGACUUGGGAGAAUCUCUGUCCGUACGUCUAUUAUCCAUACUACUAUUUCUAUUAUGGAGACCAGGAAAUUGAGUUAAACUGUCGCUGGGUAAGUAAAUAGGUGUGGUUGAUCAAACUAGUCCAUGGACAUUCUUAGUACAUACUAAAACAGUGGAUAGCGUCGAAGGCGCGCUCUGAUUGGCUACUCAAACUUCACUUUGAAAUAUUGUUUGCCAUUCACCUCCGGGCAUUCACGCGCAGGAUUUGCGCCUUAAAAUAUUGUAAUCGUUGCGGGAAUUAAUGAUUUGAAAUCAUCUUUUGUGCGAUUUUGCCCCACCGCUUUGCAGCUCGGUAAAUAUCAUUACUAGUCAGCUCCACUUCGGUGAAUAGUUGUUUAUUAUUCCACCUGCUGUUCACGUAAAGUCUUACUUACGAUUACAAUGCAGUUCACACUGGUGUCCAGGCUUAGAGAGACCAGUAAUUUUCCACUCUUUACAGUGCAUGCGUUUCGAAUAAAUGAAGAAUUGAAAAAAAAAUAGAUUGACAAAACUGGGAAAUGUAAAAAACCACAAAGAAACCAACAGCAACAAAGAAAUAGGAGAAAUAUUUUUCUUCUUUAGAUUUCAAUAUCUUUUUUAUAAUACACAUUGCAUUAUUUUCAUAUCUCUUCCCUUCCUAAAAAUAUCUUUGUCAUUUAGUGUAGGUACGUCAGUUGAUAUUAGUUUCAAUUUUUUUUUCAGAACAACACAUUUCAAGCAGUUAUAAUAACAGAUGGAUUUAACACGUUCUUGAUGUACAAUUAUCCCCACAAUGGCAUUCAGUGGGUGGUUCCUGCAGAUCAGUAAGUUUCUUUUUUUAGCUAUUUUAAAAUACAUAAUUCCAGUCUAUUUUAUUGAUUAACAAUGUCCAUGAUAAACCUUUCUUAAACUUAAUGAGGUAAUGUUAGCUGCUCAAUUCUUGCAAUCCACGAUUUGCACGAAACUUUCGCCUAGUUCGAAGAACGAUAUAUUGGCUUAGCUGGCGGUUCUGUGAGUGGUUUCAAUCGUUGAGCCGAGGAGCCGCAAGGGGUCUGGAAAAGAAAAUUGAGAGAGUUCCACUACUCGUUUUCGAGGCAAGUAGGCCUUUAUUUUCACCAAGCACCCAAAACACCGUCUAAUACCGAGGCUAAGACUGGCUUCAAUUAAAAAUUAGCUUUAUUCAAGUAUAAUCAAAAACUGACUUCUACUUCCUCACAGUUCUGAUUACCGUUACUGGACUGGCUACUAUGGUCUCCCUACUGUUGGGUGGAACGCAGGGAAUGAUGGUCAGGAUUACCUUAACAUUAAAGGGUAAGAAAACUGCAUCAGGAGGUCUAUGACAAUCUUUAAUCAUUUUCCUUGAAAUAAGAACUUUAUAGUUCAUUUUUUUUAAUUGAUUUGUAUUUUUUGUUCUAUUUUAGAUCCGGAACUUUGUUUGGAAUGUAUAAUCUAGAUAAACAAAACGGAAAUACGGGAUCAUCUGGAAAAUAUUUCUGGAGGAUCGAGAACAAUACGGAAAAAGACUCAUUAGAGAAGUGCAUGGCUUGGAGUAUGCGCCAAAGAGAAUUGAACAUGCGUGAUUGGUACGAUAAACUGAUACGUUCAGACUGGCGGAUGGCCUGUCCUUGUACGGAAUGGCAAGCCUGGUUAGAUUGGGGAAGAUUCUCUUGGGAUUGGUGGUCCACUUGGCCUAAUUGGUGUUACGAGUCCAGGCGUGUCAAAUUCAUUCCCUUUCCAAUGAAUAGUGAUAUCAGGGGUUUUACCGUGAGACAGCAGUGUUGUUACUCAACUAACUGGGACGACUGGGGCUCUCUCAAGGUUGGUCCCCCUGAUGGCGGACACGUCAAAGUUGAUGACUGGUUUAAUCAGGUUGAAAAGAUGGAGGAAAUGUACACAGACCGGCAGGCUUAUCAGUUUUGUUGUGUUGAUACAAAUAUGUGUGAGCAUUUCUAUUUCUACCGUCCGUCAGAUCACUGCUCCUUGUAUAGGCCGCCAUUAAGACGUAAGUUCAGUUCUUUUCCACUGUUUCUAGGUCAAAUUGAAAUUGGAAUGCUGGUUUUUGUGGAGGGAGGAAAGCCUGAGGACCCGGAGAAAAACCCUUGGAGCAAGGACUAGACCCCACAACAAACUCAACCCACAUGUGACUCCAGGUCCGGGAAUCGAACCCCAGCCACAGCACCACUGUGCCAGCCUGCUCCCCUGUGGAGUCGUAUGGUGUCUUUUUUUUUUCACUUCAGUUACAUCUAACAUAUCCAGACCGCCCGUACCUUGUGUGGUCUCACAUGUUGGUUCAAGUUGUUUAAAAGAAAACGUAAAUUAGCCACCGUAAAGGGUAAAAAAGCGAUCGCUCAAUCGCUCUGACGAAGGGCUAACGCUCGAAACUUCAGCUUUUUUACCCUUUACGGUGGCUAAUUUACGUUUUCAACCCAGUUGUUAACACUAAAUUACCUGCUAUACUCUCCCACCGACGCAGCACCACAGUUUCUUUAGAAACUUACCCCUUUAUUGUUUAAAAGAAGGGCGACAACUAUUUCCUGAGUUCAUACAUUGUCACGACAGUCGGUAUGGCAAUCGACUUUGGCGAUGUUGCAGGAAAAUUGCGCUCCAUCUUUACUAUUCAACGGGACGCUGAAAAUACUACAUCAGGGCCUGAAACUCACAAAGCAAAAAUUUACGACUUUUCCGCCCUCUCCGGCUACCAACUACCUAAUUCGAAGUGUUUUAAUACUUGGAAUAAAAUAUCAUCGCUAUUUGCUUUUGGUACGUUUUUGAGAAUUUUCUUUUACAUUUUCAGGUUGGUUCUGGGGUGAUCCUCACAUUAAAAAAGUAACUGACUUUUUCGCCCUUCCAGCAACCAACUCCCUAAUUCGAAAUGUUUUAAUACGUGGAAUAAAAUAUCAUCGCUAUUUGCUUUCGGUAUGUUUUUGAGAAUUUUCUGUUACAUUUUUAGGUUGGUUCUGGGGUGAUCCUCACAUUAAAACAUUAGAUGAUAGAAACUAUACUUUCAAUGGUCUCGGUGAAUUCAUCAUGGUUGAUGCAAAUGAGGGACAAUUCCAACUUCAGGCCAGAACAAAACGUGCUCAAGGGAAUAACACGAAAGCAACUAUUUUCUCGGCCGGCGCAGCUAAAGAAGAAAAUACGAGCACAAUCGAAAUACGGGUAAAGCCUAAAGGUAAGGACACUGUUAUGCAAUUUACAUAACUUACAAAAAAAAGAAUGUCUCGAUUAAUUGAUAAAUUAAUUGCUCACUGCAGGGUUAAAAUCUGCCUUGAGAGAGUUUGGAUAGAUUUUUGAUGCGUUCCUCAAUAACUCAGAAUACUACAUGUUGUUAAAAAAUUUGAAAAUUACCAGUUAAUAACAUGAAAAAAAAUGAGGACGAUUAGCAAGUUAUGAUCUCACACUUGAUAAAGAUAAAGACGGAUAAAGAUUAACGCUAACAUCCGUAGAAAGCAGUCCUAAUAGUUGCGACGGUGUAGUUUGACUUACAUAUUCUUCACUUUUAGGAGGGCUGGACAUUUUGUUAGACAAGAAAAUCUACCACGGCUACAACAACCUAAUAGACAAAAGUAUAGCAAUCGGUGGAAAUCUCUCUGCUUCAGCACCAGAGGAAAACUGUUUACAGGUUUCCUUUCCCUCAACAACAUCUGUCAACUUCUGUGUGAAGAAAGAAAUGUUGUCGUUUGUGGUAAGUCUCGGUGAGGAUUUCAAAAACACCACCAAAGGACUGUUGGGAACGUGGAACGAUAACCCGGAUGAUGACUUCACAAGGCCUGAUGGGACUGUUUUAAAGUCAUUUUCAUUAAGGGAUAUUCAUUUCUCGUUUGGUGUCAAGUGUAAGUAUCCCCACACAGUCUUUCUUGCUUUUCCUUGUAAGUGGGAAGCACUCUACUCACACAUCACACAGGGAAGAACAUAAGGUCUCUAGGUUAGAGCGUGCCCUAAGACUGCCUGAUUUAGUGGGCCGUAUUUCACUGCACGGGUCGCUAAAUUAAAAAAAAUUGUUUGAAUUGAAAUCUUUCACCUCAAUUUAAUUUUAGAGACAUACUAAAUAUCUUGCUAACUUCGUACUGUAACUUAUGGAAACUCGUUUUUUCCGCUCGGAUAUAAUUAAGCGUAACUUAAAGAACGGACUUCGAACUCGGUUAGCACAAGAAAUUUAAACUCCGGCAUUUCGAGGACGCGGAAGGCAGCCGGAAUUUGAGAGUUCUUUUCCUAAGAAUUUCUUAAUUUUUUUAUCUUUUGUCUUCGCGCUAAAAUAUGGCAGUUGGACGGUUGAUCCUAAAGCGUCAUUACAGCCUUACAAGUUCAUUACAAGUCUUCUACGCUAUUCUUUUCAGGGCAAAUUAACCAGUCCCAAUCUUUAUUUACGUAUGGUAACAAUGAAAGCGUGGCCAGUUUUUCGGAUCCUGAUUUUGAGCCCAUGUUUGCUGAUAACAUCACGUGGCAUAAUGACAGUUUAAGACAGAAAGCUGAAGAUCAAUGUAGAAACGAUCACGAGUGUCUAUUUGACGUGGCUUCCACCAACGACUUGUCUCUUGGCUUGGUAACCAAAGAUAUCAGCAUUCAACUGGUGAAUGAGACAAAACAACUCAGUAAGUAUUUGAAUUUAUCAUUAUAUCUCCUGCUUGUGCCAUAAAUUGGAUCGCAAAAAAAACUCGGUCCGUGCUGCCUAUUAAACUUUAACCUGAUACUUCGUUUUGGAGACAACUGUAUUCCAAAUGUAGUCUUUUUCUUUUGGUAUCUAAACAUUCUUAAUGGGUUAAAAUUGAUAAAAUAUUUAAAUGUCGAUAAUACUGCGUAAAGUUGUUGUAAUCAUUUGGGAUUCCCGAUACUCUGUGGGAGAAUCUAUCAGAAAUUUUUCCUAUUUUCAGCGUCCCCAAUUAACUUCUGAUAUAUUUUUUUGCGGAUCCAAUUUACCUGUAGCAUUUAUUUCACGAUUACAUUGUUACGCGUUCACUUUUCUUUUUCACAGACAACUUCCCGCCCAAAAUAGAGACUGUUUCGAACGCGAUAAAUGCGACCCUUGGUGAUACAGUUCACUUGAGCAUCAGGGCUGUCGAUAACGACACGAUUAAGUUUCGCGUGAUUAACAAUCCUGAAGGGGCCACUUGGAACCAGACUGGUAACUUGUUAUAUUUCACUUGGCUUGUUACAACAUCAAGAAAGGUAUGCUUACCAACAUUUUGUCUCUUCAAAAUAGAAAAUGUUUCUCAUCUAAUCAAAGCAUCUGAUACGGUAUGUAAAGUUUUAUCUUUCGCUUCGAGAGAAUCCGUCAUUUCUCAUUUUGCAGCGUAACGUAUACUUUAAACGUAUCAGCUAUGUUCCUGUACCGUUCUGAGGAAAGUCGUCUGUGAGGGACUUCAAGAAUUUUACCGCGCUUUCAAAGGCAAACUGCACAGAAGGCGCGAGAAAUUAGUUGAAUGUACUUCUCUUCGUAAAGCCUUGGCAUUCGAAACGCGAAAGAGGUACAUUCCUUGUUUCAAUCACCUCAAAACUAGCUAAAACUUUUCCGUGCAAUCGCGGGUUAUCUGAGUCUCUACCACGUUAUUUUUCUAGUGGGGGCUUACUCGGGUGAAUAAAAGCUUAACGCCGUCUGAAAUCUCCCUUUGCAGUUCAGUUUGACUUUCGUUGCUUCUAACGACAAAGGCGCAAGUGCCAGUUGGAGUCCAAUUAUUAACAUGUGUGCUUGCCAACAUGAUGGUCAAUGCGUAAAGCCAGAAGAGGGUGACACAGCCAACUCUGACAGCAAGUUUGUAUACAUGGGAUGUGCAUGUCAGGGAGGAUACACAGGAAGAUUCUGUGACAGCGACAUUGACGCCUGCGAAAUGAAUGGUCAGCCGUGUUACGCGGGAGUUGCGUGCAUUGAUCUUCCUGCGCCAGCCAAUUCCAGUGGAUAUAAAUGUGGACCUUGUCCAUCAGGGUACACUGGAAAUGGAGCUCAGUGUGCUGGUGGGUUCUUUCAAUUUUUCCAAGGAUGAAGUUUAAUUCUGAGCAAAGGUGAAUUCAGUGACUUGCUCGAGCUAGCACACGUGAAAACAUCUUGCCACCUCGGGGCAAAUUUGAAUUGUUUGCGAAUAGCGAAAGAAAAAAGUUGUGCAUGUUAAGUCUUCUGAUCUCGAAUAACCUCACUUCCUAUAGCUAUCUUUGUGUGGAAAUUCAAAAGGACCCUCUGAUCGAUCAAAAAGCCAUCGUUUCUUACACCAGUAGACUCAAAGAACUGAAAAAUCGUUAAAUAUUUAAAUGCAGAUAACCAAGUCGAGAAUACAUUGUGAUCUUACACACAAGGGACUUUAAAAGAACGAUUAAUGAUAACGUACGUGAACGUUCAGACAGUUUUUACACAAUGGUGUAAGUUACUGAUUAAUUGACGCUAUGCACUAUUUUUCAGACAUCGACGAAUGCCAAAAUAAGUCGGGAAUUAACUGCGAUCAGCUCUGUGUCAAUCUGCCAGGUUCUUACUUCUGUGAUUGUAACAACGGAUACAAACUGAAUGCUGAUGGCGGCACGUGUGAUGGUAAGCCACCUAAUUUCUUUUAUUCCUGUCCAAUUACUUUAAUUCCUGUCCAGUUUCUUUAAGUCCUAUUCCGCUUUGUUUUGGGGAUACGCAUGACCCUGAAAUGGAACUGAAUUUUGCAGAGUAAUUUUCUCCCAGAUCCGAUUGAUUUUAUAUGAAAAGAGGAGUCAGGAACUGACUCACAAUUAACCCUGAUGAACUCCCUACGCAUUAUACGUUACCAUGAGUUUCUCUACGUGUGUCGACGGUUUUCACCUUGUUCAAAUUUUUAAGCUUUUACUGUUUAUGUGUUGUCAUGUACAUACUUUAUAUUUUUAUGUUAUAAAAAAAAACGUAAGGUUAUAAAAAUUAUCCUUGAGCUAAUCCUUCUUUUUUAAGUUCGUCUGGUCCUCCUCUCUAGUCCAUCAUUUAAAAAGAGUAAUGUUAGGUACAGUUGUGGUCAAUGUGAAAGAUAUUCUUUCAUUUGCUUGUAGAUAUUAACGAAUGCCUGCCAACAAACGAUUGCAUGCAGAAGUGUAACAACACACGAGGAAGUUACAGCUGUUCAUGCGACAAUUUUUUUCAAGUUGAUCCCAGUGAUCCAAAGAAGUGUGUAGGUGAGAAUGGGGUGUUUGUGGAAACAUUACUGGCUUCAUCCUGGGGAAACGUAACCACCCGAUGGAACGCGCAUUGUGUCUUUGAUCAAAAGGUCUGGGUUCGAAACCUGACCAAGUCAACUUGUUGAGUUCAUGGGUAAUGAAUUUCACUCACAAAGUGCCUCUGUCAAAAUGGUUGGUAGCGAACUGCUAAGGAGACUUGAGAACAAUAUCGAUGGCUGGCCUGUUAUACUCGUAAUGAGUUGCAGCCGGAUGAGUAAUUGGGUAUUAGCCCAUGCACUUCAAUAUUCUUUUCAGCGGGUCUCAAAGGGGUAAACCGUUAGCAGUAUAACGGCUAAGAGAUUAACCGCCAGCAAGAAAAUAUAAACUGUUUAUAAUCCCUUGAAAUCGAUUAUAAGUAAAAAUGUAAAAAAAGGGACUUCUAAUAAAUUCGUUCAUUUCAUCAAUGAAAACGACACGUUAUUAAGUUCUUAUCACAUUUACAAAUAAUUCUAUCUAAUGUCAAUGUGACAUUUUUUUUACACAGCCAUAAACCCUUGUCCUGCUGGCCAUGGCUGUCAACAUGUUUGCUUCACAGGGGACGAUGAUGAACUUAAAUGCACGUGCGAUGCUAAUUAUGAGCUGGACAGUGAUGGCAUAAGUUGCAGAGGUAUUAAGAAAUUUUGCGACUAUAAAUUUCAAUAUGAGUUUACAGCGAAAUAUAUGCAGUAAAGUUGACUCUUCUUGAGUGAACAUUUGUGACUGAUAACCGAGAGAGGUUAAAAAAAAGAGGUUCCUUCGCUUUUCAACUGAGUAUUGUAAAGCAAAAUCAAAGUAAUCCCAAAGGUCAGUCAGAAGAAAGGAUAAUAAUGUUACAAACCUACCUCUCAUUUCACACAGGUUCUUCUACCUCACACUUCGCAUCCCACACUUCGCAUAACACACCAUACACGUAACAUUCACACUUCCCACGUUACUGACGUCAAGUUAGUUUUGUUCUUGUCAUCCUCACCCGACUUGCAUAUCUGAGAUCUGUUAUCAUUUCAUCAACUAGAAGGCCAUCUCUUAAUGUCUUUGCUACUCACUUCACUUUUCAGAUAUCGAUGAAUGCGAUCCUUCGAAUCCCCGUCAUCGCUGCAGUCAGAUCUGUAAAAAUACUCCAGGGAGUUAUAGCUGCUCUUGUGAAAAAGGAUUUGAAAUAGCCAAGGAUGGUUACGAUUGUGAAGGUUGAUAACGAAACUUGGUGCUUAAAUUAAACAGCUGUUUCAUUGCAGCAGUUUGCCAUUUACUUUUUUAAAUUUUGCAUGAUUUUCUUCGUUUCUUUUGAUUUCUAAUUGUUAUUUGUACUUUAUUAAUCAGAUAUUAACGAGUGCCUCGACGUGAGCUUGUUCAACUGCACGGAUGAGUUUCACAAAUGCGUUAACACUCGUGGCUCUUACAAGUGUGAAUGUGAUCAAGACUUGUACUUUAUUGACGGAAAAUGCAGAGGUAACGACUGCAAAAAAUGCGUCUUUUUGUAACUCGAUUCAUGAUUAGGAUCAGGAUUCGAACUAGAACUGAGAACUGAAUAAAAUUGUAAUAAUGAGGAUGAAAUUUCAUUUCCAGUUUUCGACAAUUUUUAUGUUAGAUGGCCUUGGAUAGUGUGCUAAUGAAUAUGAUUUUAUGAAACCAUGAACCGCAUGAUAUGCAGGGGCGUAGACAAACGCAAAUGAAAUAAACCAACAUUAAGUAAUUUGAUAAUAUGAUUUCUAUUUUUGAUAGAUUAAUAUCAUAUUUCCUUGAAUAAGCAGUCAGGCGCUUAUAUAGAAUUUUGGUUUAAGGGAGAGUCACUAAUUGGAAGGAGAGCGUUUAAUCGAGGGGGGCACUCAUUAUUAUUCUGUACUGAUUCCGCUGUAGUUGGAGUUUAAAAUUUAAUAAAUAAGUUGGCAGUAGCAACAACUUUUUUUCGUAUCCCUUCUAUUAGGGAAAUGAAGGAAGGAGGGAGGGGGAAGUGGGGGGAGGGCGCUUGUCUAGAGGAGAACGCUUACCAGAGUGUGGACUCUAUUGUCCGUUAUUUUCUUUCUAGGUUUGGAGAAGAAUCAGACAGCUCCAGAGCCAGAGUUACAAACGCCACGCGAACCUUCAAACAAAGAAAAAGAGGAAGCCGUCCAGUUCUCGAUUGAACAUAAAAAUGGGGUGGGUAUGAUCAUAUUACCAAUGGACUUUUUGAGAAUUUUAUGCAAUCAAAGAUGAUGAAGCUGAUGAAGUCGCAAGGAACUUGAAAUCCCUAAGGACCAAUUACUGUUUAUUGCCUGAGGAGGAGGUCUGGACGAUUUUGGUUGUGUCACAAUAAAAUAAUCUGAUUCCCUCCUUAAGUUUCGUUUUAUUGUGAUGACCUCCCCCCAUUUACUGGCAGUUAAUUUAUUAUAGUCCCCCAUUUAUACUCUGCUAGCGACGACUGGCUCCCCUCUGUUUCCCCCUGAAAACCAUGUGAUCAACCCAUGUGUUUAACAGAUCUUCUACCGAACAAACGUACAUAUAAAUCUUAAAGUCAACGUGGUCAUAACUAUGUGUUGCCACGUAUUCGCACAGAGCGCUUUAAGCGCUGCUUUGUAAUAGUUUAAUGUUUGUAAAGAAAGUUAGCCUUUUUAUAUAACUCCUCUUCUAUUGUAUUGUAAACUUGCACUUGUGUCUGCAAGUGUUUGGUUUAAUUAAUCAAUAAAGACUGAAUCAAGCAAUCAGUCCCCCCCUAAUUUCAACCCCUAUCCGCUCCCCGGCGAUUAAUAAUAACUAAGCCCCUAAAUCACGCUUUUUCGUGGUGUGUUUGUAGUUUAAAUGGGAUUUCAAGAAAGACAAGGAUUUCAAUGAAAAGAUGGCUUCUGUUACCACUAAAUACUGUAGUGAAAACAGGACAAGAUGUGUUUUAAAAGCAACAACAAAAGCAGGUGAUGAUUUUAAUAGUAAAUGAUUUGUACAAAUGAAGGUUAAUCGCUCAGUUUCCACGCCAAAAAUGUACAUUAAACGUCUUACAAUUGAUUGAGUCUGCAGUUUGUUCUUGUUCUAACCUAGCUGAAAGGGGUCACGGAGUUUAUCCAGAUUCUCCGGUCUUCCCCAUCCUCCCCCCAGCAAAAAAUCUAAAUAUACGUAAACUUACUGCGUUUUUGUUUGUUUAGCGUUGUAGAGCAUUCAUAGGUCAAGAGACUCUUCACCUUGUUCUAAUUCAACUGUCCUUGAAUGCGACAAAAUAAUAGAUAUUUACCCUUUGUUUAUCAUUUUUGUCCUUCUUUGCCAGACGGCCGCUCUUUUUUGAUCUCUAUACUACAGAUCAAAUCCAUCUUUUGCCUGAUUACCCCACAAACUCAUCCGGGCUCCUUUACGUAGCGUUCUAUGUUCAACAACCUGUUGGCCAAUAUGUCAGCAACGCGUCAGCACUACCACACAGAAUACUGGUUCAAAUUAUAGUCAUUCACAAAGGUGAGAUUGAAGCAGCUAUUGGUGCAAAUAUAUCUGGUGUAGUAGCGUGGUUUAAACCUGGCGAAUCAACCUCCUCGCCAACUGUAAGAACAGCAGAAUCGGAUCCCAUAACCUGGAAGUGGAUUGCAAUUGGUGCUAUCGGGGGAGGAGUGGUUCUCGUCAUCGUUGUCAUUAUCGUUUGGAGAUGGUGAGUCAAAAUAACACUUUUUGGCGUCAAAAACUGGGAUCAAAUCCUGGACCAGGUGUCACAUGUGGGUUGAGUUUGUUGUUAGUUCUUGUUCUUGCCCCGAAAGUUUUUCUCGGAGUUCUUAGGCUUUCCUUCCUCCACGAAAACCAAACAUUCCAAUCCGUCUCGUGGGAUGUUAAUGCAAUUAUUAUGAUUAUUGUUGUUGUUUUUACCGUUAUCUAUAUUAUUGCGCAUCAGUUCUCCCCCAGAUUGGGAUGCCAGUCAAUCCCCUCGCAUUUCCUCAAGUUUUCCUGACAGUUUUCCGGUGCUUGUAUAUAACGAUUUUAAAGAGGCUCUGUUUAGGCAAAGUACGCGCCCAGAGGCAUUACACAAUAACCCCAGCUAUGUUUUGAGCCUGAGCCGUAUGAUCUGGAGACGAAGGCACCACAUCAGAGGGGUACAGCUUUCUCCUUUGACUCCUUACCACGUAAAUUCAAAUGAAAAUCAAGAGUUUUGAAUUAUCAAUAUGAAGCUAUUUUCCAAUCUCUUUAUUUUAGUUUGAAGAUGAAGUGCAAAAACAAAAAUGUUGUAUUACCUAAUGAUGCUGAUGACACAACUGGAGGAAACAUCGCCAUGAACAAUUGUUAUCAGUCUGUAGAGAGCUUGUAACUAAUACCCACCCAGUGAAACACUUUUUUCUAUCGUAAAUGUAGAAAGUAAUUACCCCAUAGUUGGUCACCGCUUAGCUUUCUUCCGUCCGUGUGCUGGGGGACUUUAGUUUUCACUCGGGAAAAAUAUUAGUCCGUAGAUCAGAGACCACAGUUUCAGUCGUAUGAUGGUAAACGUUUGUCAGAACUUAUUUAGAAAACAUAAUUUGACGUGAACCCCGUGAAACUAAAACGAUUUUAAAAAUGUGUUUUACCACGUCUCGCGAAUUAAAAACCGUUAAAUAUAAUUGUGUCAUAUCGCCUAAAACACCUUACUACACUCUUGAAAAUCAAGAGUUUUGAAUUGUCAAUAUGAAGCUAUUCUUCAAUCUCUUUAUUUUAGUUUGAAGAGGAAGCGCAAAAAAAAAAAUGUUGUGAUCCCUACUGUUGUUGAUGACACACCUGGAGGAAACAUCGCCAUGAAGAGUUAUCAUCAGUCUGUAGAGAGCCUGGAACCAGCACCCAGCCAGUGAAACGCUUUUCUAUCGUAAAUGUAGAAAGUAAUUACCCUAUAGUUGGUCACCGCUCAGCUUUCUUCCGUCCGUGUGCUAA